AAAAAAACAACGGGAGCGAGCGCACGCCAGACCUUUUGAAACCGCGUCGCGCGUCUAAAAGUUGGAGGAGUCAAGAGUCAGAGGCUGGCAAAUUGGAAAACUUUGCGAGAAGCGAAACUUGUGCAUGUGCAAUUAGAAGAGCGCGUUCUUAAGCCACUUGGCCAUUUAGCCAGCCGCCAGUCAGCCAGGCAGCCACUUAGAGCCGCCAAAGUUUUCUGCCGCGCCGCCUUCGUAAGUCGCAGGUCGAAAAGUGCUCAAACAAGAUUUCCACUUGAAAUUCCUGAAUUUCGUUUGUCUGCGCGAAACGAAACGAAUCGAAUCAAAUCGCAGCAGCAGCAGCAGCAUUCAGCAUAAAUACGAGUCGAAUUUAAAUUGCGGCACCGAGUUUUUCGCCUGCCUGCCUGCAAGUGUAUUUUGCCCCAAGUGUCUUUGUGUCAGUGGUUCUUUGUCUCUGUGUGGGUGUUACGAUACAUUUGGAUUAGCGGUGUGUUCGCCUGAUUAAAACGAUGCGCCCAGCGGGUCGCUGUGAUGCCUCCGAGCUGCCGGUGCCGAUGCUGAUGAUGAUGAAGUUGCUGCCGCCGGUACGCUCUAGCUGCUGACAGCCAAGUGCAGACCGUAUCCGAGAGAUACCAGAGAGAUACGCCAACUAUCUGAAGACAAAGGAAAGGAAAAGUGCAUUUCCUGCUACCUAACCUGUGUGUGAGGGUGCACUCCUCAGCGGAAUCUACCUACCUACUUUUAUUUUUGGUGGGAGUUUUGGGAAGAGAGUAACUCGCUGAAGUUACUCGUUACUCGGUGCUGCGAGACAACGAACCCGGACAGCUGCCGGCCGCUCAGUUUGGUCAAGAAGCGCGUACGCGACGGCUGCAAAAGAGCGUGUGUUCCGCCGCCGAGAAAAUCGAGAAGAAGAGAGAGCGCGGGGAGCGCCUCCCCCGACUCUGUAUAUCCCAGGAUAUACACUCAGUGAUACACAGUGUGACGCAGUGAAGUGAAAGUGCCAGCUAGCCAUCAUCAAUCCUUUCCCUUCCCUGCCAAAUAUUUGCAGAGUGGUGAUUGCUAUUGACAAAGUGGAUUGGCAUUCGGGGGACACUUUCAAUUAGGCACGUUGCCGCCUGCCGUCGACGUUUCUUGUGCUAAAUGUGCCACAAUGGCCGCGCCGUCCAGGACGUCGUCGAUGCCACCACCCUUCCGGCUCCAGUUCCUGUUACCGCUGCUCCUGCUUCUGCCGCUACUAAGCCAUGAUGCGGCGGUCCAGGCGGAACCCUACUCCGGCGGCUUUGGCAGCUCAGCCGUGUCCAGCGGUGGACUGGGAUCCGUGGGCAUACACAUACCCGGCGGCGGUGUUGGGGUCAUCACGGAAGCCCGCUGCCCCAGGGUCUGCUCCUGUUCGGGAUUAAAUGUUGACUGUUCGCAUCGUGGACUCACCUCGGUGCCCAGGAAAAUCUCAGCGGAUGUGGAGAGACUCGAACUGCAAGGCAAUAACUUGACCGUGAUAUACGAGACAGAUUUCCAGCGACUGACCAAGCUGCGAAUGCUGCAACUGACAGACAAUCAGAUCCAUACAAUCGAGAGGAACUCCUUCCAGGACCUGGUCUCCCUGGAAAGACUACGCCUAAACAACAAUCGACUAAAGGCAAUUCCUGAAAACUUAGUGACAAGUUCAGCGAAUCUUUUGCGAUUGGAUAUAUCCAACAAUGUCAUCGUCACGGUGGGCCGGCGCGUCUUCAAGGGAGCCCAGUCGCUGCGUAGUCUCCAGCUGGACAAUAACCAGAUCACGUGUCUGGACGAGCAUGCCUUCAAGGGUCUCGUGGAGCUGGAGAUACUCACGCUGAACAACAACAACCUGACGUCGCUGCCGCACAACAUCUUCGGUGGACUGGGACGAUUGCGGGCUCUUAGGCUGUCGGACAAUCCCUUUGCCUGCGACUGCCAUCUGUCCUGGUUGUCGCGGUUCCUGCGCAGCGCCACCCGCCUGGCGCCCUACACCCGCUGCCAGUCGCCGUCGCAGCUGAAGGGCCAAAACGUGGCGGACCUGCACGACCAGGAGUUCAAAUGCUCGGGUCUGACGGAGCACGCACCGAUGGAAUGCGGGGCGGAGAACAGCUGUCCGCACCCAUGUCGCUGUGCGGACGGGAUCGUCGAUUGCCGUGAGAAGAGUCUGACCAGUGUGCCCGUCACCUUGCCCGACGACACCACCGAACUCCGCCUGGAGCAGAACUUCAUUACGGAACUGCCGCCGAAAUCGUUCUCCAGCUUUCGGCGUCUGCGACGCAUCGACCUGUCCAACAACAACAUAUCCCGGAUUGCCCAUGAUGCUCUCAGCGGCCUAAAGCAGUUAACCACUCUUGUGCUGUAUGGCAAUAAAAUAAAGGAUUUACCCUCGGGCGUGUUCAAAGGACUCGGCUCACUGCAGCUGCUCCUGCUGAACGCCAACGAGAUCUCGUGCAUACGCAAGGAUGCCUUCCGCGACCUCCAUAGCUUGAGCCUGCUCUCGCUGUACGACAACAACAUCCAGUCGCUGGCUAAUGGCACAUUCGACGCCAUGAAGAGCAUCAAAACGGUGCAUCUGGCCAAGAAUCCUUUCAUCUGCGACUGCAAUCUGCGCUGGCUGGCCGACUAUUUGCACAAAAAUCCCAUAGAGACGAGUGGAGCCCGCUGCGAGUCACCGAAGCGGAUGCAUCGUCGUCGGAUUGAAUCGCUGCGCGAGGAGAAAUUCAAAUGCUCCUGGGAUGAAUUGCGGAUGAAGCUGUCCGGCGAGUGCCGCAUGGACUCCGAUUGUCCGGCAAUGUGCCAUUGCGAGGGCACCACCGUGGACUGUACGGGUCGCGGCCUGAAGGAGAUUCCCCGAGACAUUCCCCUCCACACGACCGAGUUACUGCUUAACGACAACGAACUGGGACGCAUCAGCUCCGAUGGUCUGUUUGGCCGAUUGCCGCAUCUGGUCAAGCUGGAGCUGAAGCGAAAUCAGCUCACAGGAAUCGAGCCGAAUGCUUUUGAAGGAGCCUCGCACAUCCAGGAGCUGCAGCUGGGCGAGAAUAAGAUCAAGGAGAUCUCGAAUAAGAUGUUUUUGGGACUGCAUCAACUCAAGACGCUCAAUUUGUACGACAAUCAAAUCUCAUGCGUUAUGCCCGGCUCCUUUGAGCAUCUCAACUCGCUGACGUCGCUGAACCUUGCCUCGAAUCCAUUCAAUUGCAAUUGUCAUUUGGCCUGGUUCGCGGACUGGUUGCGCAAAAAAUCGCUGAACGGCGGAGCGGCACGUUGCGGUGCCCCCUCCAAAGUACGUGAUGUGCAGAUCAAGGACCUGCCCCACUCCGAAUUCAAGUGUACCAGCGAGAACAGUGAAGGCUGCCUAGGCGAUGGCUACUGCCCGCCAUCCUGUACCUGCACUGGCACUGUGGUACGCUGUUCGCGGAAUCAAUUGAAGGAGAUACCGCGUGGCAUACCAGCAGAGACCUCAGAGUUGUAUUUGGAGUCCAAUGAGAUUGAGCAGAUUCACUACGAGCGGAUACGACAUCUUAGGGCUUUGACAAGACUCGACCUCAGCAACAACCAGAUCACCAUACUGUCCAACUACACCUUCGCCAAUCUGACCAAGCUGUCCACCCUCAUCAUCUCGUACAACAAGCUGCAGUGUCUGCAGCGGCAUGCGUUGUCUGGCCUGAAUAACCUGCGCGUGCUCUCGCUGCACGGUAACCGCAUCUCGAUGCUGCCGGAGGGCUCCUUCGAGGACCUCAAGUCGUUGACCCACAUAGCCCUGGGCAGCAAUCCUUUGUACUGUGACUGUGGCCUGAAAUGGUUCUCCGACUGGAUCAAGCUGGACUAUGUGGAACCGGGUAUUGCCCGCUGCGCUGAGCCGGAGCAGAUGAAGGACAAGCUGAUCUUGUCAACGCCCUCGACAAGCUUUGUGUGCCGCGGUCGCGUGCGCAAUGAUAUCCUGGCCAAGUGUAAUGCCUGCUUCGAGCAGCCAUGCCGCAACCAGGCCCAGUGCGUGGCCCUGCCCCAGCGGGAGUACCAGUGCCUCUGCCAGCCGGGUUACCAUGGCAAGCACUGCGAGUUUAUGAUCGAUGCCUGCUAUGGCAAUCCCUGCAGGAAUAAUGCUACGUGCACCGUGCUAGAGGAGGGUCGCUUCAGCUGCCAGUGCGCCCCUGGCUAUACAGGUGCCCGCUGCGAGACCAAUAUAGACGAUUGUCUGGGCGAGAUCAAGUGCCAGAAUAAUGCUACCUGCAUAGACGGUGUGGAGUCUUACCGCUGCGAAUGCCAGCCUGGGUUCAGCGGUGAGUUUUGCGACACCAAGAUACAGUUUUGCAGCUCCGAGUUCAAUCCCUGUGCCAAUGGAGCCAAGUGCGUGGACCAUUUCACCCACUACAGCUGCGACUGCCAGGCGGGUUUCCAUGGCACCAACUGCACGGACAACAUCGAUGACUGCCAAAACCACAUGUGCCAGAAUGGUGGAACCUGUGUGGAUGGCAUCAAUGACUAUGUAUGCCGCUGCCCGGAUGACUACACGGGCAAGUACUGCGAGGGUCACAACAUGAUCUCCAUGAUGUACCCACAGACAUCGCCCUGCCAGAACCACGAGUGCAAGCAUGGGGUUUGUUUCCAGCCCAAUGCCCAGGGCAGCGAUUAUCUGUGCCGCUGCCAUCCGGGUUACACGGGCAAGUGGUGCGAGUAUCUCACCAGCAUUAGCUUCGUGCACAACAACUCCUUUGUGGAGCUGGAACCGCUGCGUACGCGUCCAGAGGCAAAUGUCACCAUCGUCUUUAGCAGCGCCGAGCAGAAUGGCAUUUUGCUGUACGACGGACAGGAUGCUCACCUGGCGGUGGAGCUGUUUAAUGGACGCAUUCGCGUUAGCUACGAUGUGGGUAACUAUCCGGUGUCCACGAUGUACAGCUUUGAGAUGGUGGCCGAUGGCAAGUACCAUGCCGUAGAGCUUUUGGCUGUCAAGAAGAACUUUACUCUUCGCGUGGAUCGGGGUUUGGCGCGUUCUAUAAUCAACGAGGGCUCCAAUGACUACCUGAAGCUCACCACGCCCAUGUUCCUGGGAGGACUGCCCGUGGAUCCUGCUCAGCAAGCUUACAAGAACUGGCAGAUCCGAAACCUCACCAGCUUCAAGGGUUGCAUGAAGGAGGUUUGGAUCAACCACAAGCUGGUGGACUUUGGCAAUGCCCAGCGCCAGCAAAAGAUCACACCUGGGUGUGCCCUGCUUGAGGGUGAGCAGCAGGAAGAGGAGGAUGACGAGCAGGACUUUAUGGAUGAGACGCCACACAUUAAAGAGGAACCUGUGGAUCCCUGCCUCGAGAACAAAUGCCGUCGUGGCAGCCGCUGUGUUCCAAAUCCCAGCGCCAGAGAUGGCUACCAGUGCAAGUGCAAGCAUGGCCAGCGCGGCCGCUACUGCGAUCAAGGUGAGGGCAGCACAGAGCCCCCAACAGUCACUGCGGCUAGCACCUGUCGCAAGGAGCAGGUGCGCGAGUACUACACGGAGAACGACUGCCGCUCCAGGCAGCCGUUGAAGUACGCCAAGUGUGUGGGCGGCUGCGGCAAUCAGUGCUGCGCGGCCAAGAUUGUGAGGCGGCGGAAGGUGCGCAUGGUGUGCAGCAACAACCGCAAGUACAUCAAGAACUUGGACAUCGUGCGCAAGUGCGGAUGCACCAAGAAAUGCUACUGACUGAAAGAUGCGACUACCCAAUUGCUCGAGCGGAGCAAUAGCAGCUUAGAUGUUAGUUUAGGAACAGGUUUAAAUCUAACUUAUAGUAGUAGUAAUAGUAACGAUAGUCUUAGCCAUAGCACUAGGGAUAGCAAGGAUGUUAAGGGGGCGGAGGAAGGGAGUGUGAGUGUGAAUGCAAAGGAGGAGGAGGAGGAGACAACAGAGUUGGGGGAGGAAGACUAUCCCACGGAGCAAACGGAUGGCAUGCAGGCCGAUCUCUACGACGAUACCGUCUUCGAUGAAGACGACGAUGAUGAUGAUGAUGGUAUCGAGGAUGAUUAUGCAGAGGAAGAGGAUGAGGAGCCCGAGCAGCUGCCCGAUCCCAAGGGUCUGGUGAGUGUGCCGGAGGAGGAGGAGGAUAUGGGCUAUGACGAGGAUGAUGAACGCAUAGCCAUGGAGCGUCCAAGAACGGCGAAACCGCGUGCCGAUGAGGAGCACUUCGUCAACGAGGAGGGCAGCGGCUUUGGUGGCUUCCGGUCACGCUUCCGGCCGAGCAACAGCUUCCGCGAGAGCCAGCUGGAGAAUAUACGCAAGAAGCUGCUCACCGAGUCACAGGCCGUGCCUCCCGAGGCAGCCGUCGCGGUGGCCGUGCCGAGCACUGCGAUCGAUCUGCGCGAGAGCAGCGGCCACUUUGCCAACGAUGACGAGGAUGGCGAGGACGGCGAUGACGGCGUCGAUGACGAGUUUGCCGAUACGGGCGAGAACCAGGGGCGCGGCUUCUUUGGCUCCCAGCAGCAGCAGCGCAAGAGUGGUCCUUACCAUCGCAAGAAUGGCAAUGAUGCCAUCAAGAUUAUAUCGACGCCGCUGGGCAAGGUGAGCAUUGUGUACCAGCAGACGGACAAGGAUCAGAAUGCGGACAAGGAUGCCGCGCAGCAGCAGCAAAAGAAGCCGGCGCUUACCGACUUUGACGCCCUGUCGCCGGACCCCGAGAGCAGUCAUCGCUUUCCGUCGCCACACCCCAAGAUUACGCCUGUUCUGACGCCCGAUGGCAAGGUGGCGCUGCUCUAUCGCGGAGACUCGGAGAGCUCCAAGUACGAGCCCAUUCGCAAUCUCACGCACAAGUUCACGCCGGGCAAGCCGGCCAAGGAGGCGCCCAAGGCCAAGUCCGAGGAUUCCUCUUCCUCGGAGGACUCUGUCUACACGGAUAGCGAGGAUGCAGAGGAUAGUGCAGGUGAGGGGGGCGCUGGAAAACCCUCUCUCACAGCCAGCACGCCCAAGCCCUUGCAGCCGGAGAUUGUGGAGCCGCCGGCUAAUGUUCAGCCGGGAGGAUCCUUCAUCAUUCGGCCCACCUCAGAUUCCCUACUGCCCAUGAUCAACCGGCCACUGUCCGAGGUCCUGGGCAUCAAGAAGAAUCAGUUCCAGGAGACGCGAGUUCGGGACCAGCUGCCUACGCAGCAACCUCCGCCGCCCCUGCCGGACUCGGACGUAUCCCGCAGCGCUUCACUCGGCGGACAUCAGUUCCUCACCAAGGUGAACCUGGCCGAGUUUCCCACCUCGGGGCGAACGCUCCAGCAGCCGCUGAUCCCCGCCAGCCGGGACUUUGACUUUAGUCGCGACAACACAAUGCUGGACGAGCGGUCACGAGUGCGCGAGCUGGAGAAGCAGCGGGAACGCGAAAAAGAGCACAACGAGGCCACCAGCAAGGGUGCCACCGAGGCGCACACAAUAGCCAACGAGCAGUUGCUCUCGAAGACCGAGGUGAUUAACCUGGCCAUUGUGCCGCAGUUCGAUGAGGAUAUGGAGCGACUGCAGCGGCUGCAGGAGAACGGUGGCAGGCGGCAUCAUAGGGCGCGUCAUCGCCAUCGCCAGCAGACUGAAGAGGAGCUGUCCGGCAUCCAUUGCAUCAUGCAGGUCAUGAUGGGCGUGGCCGCCGUAUCGACGGUCUUCGGUAUGCUGGGCACCUUCUUCAAGCAGCGAAUCCUCGAUCAGCUGCGCAUGAUGCACUGGUAGUACAACAAAGGGGGGUUCGAUGUCCCCCAGUCCCUGUUCCUGUCCCUGCUUCUUCAUUCCCCAAGUCCAGAUCUGUGGAGGAUGCCAUCAAUGCCCAUAUAUACUCGUAUAUAUACUCGUACUCGUACUCGAACCAUAUGCCAUAUACAUAUAGCACAUAUACAUCUCUAUAUUCAGCAGCUAAUCGCAUUAUCUUUGUAGACACAGCGGCAUCGAUUUGCUUUCCUUCCCCUUUCCCUUUCCGCUUUUCUUUAUAUUUAUAUACGUACAUAUAUCUAAACCUUCGGCCAAGGAUCGUCCGUGUCCUGGCCACCCAUGUAUUCUAUAUAUAUUCGCAUAUAUAAUAUCUAUUUACUAGUGCAAGCUACCCAGGCGAUGUACAUAAUAACAGAACCAUAAUACGCGAUCGAUCGAUCCAGAUUCAGAUUCAGAUCCUGAUCCGGAUCCCGGUAUCUAUAUAUAUGUGAGACGCAACUGUAGCCCCUGCCAAGUCCGCUGGAAAUUAGCUACCCAGCUCCUUCUUUCGCACGCUCUGUUGUGCCUUUCCCUGCAUCAUCGGAACCACCAUCAUCAUCAUCAGAGUAAUCAAGCUUUAAGCAAGUCAUUGCAUGUGCCACGUCCUGACCCCUCAAAAGGGUCCUCCUCACCCGCCCAGCAUGAACAAACAUACACAUUCCCCUCUCUUCGCCGCCACAAGUCAAGGAACUCGCCUCCAAUUGGAUGUAGAAAACCGAUUCCUUUUGUAGAUAGAAAACGAAACAGAAACACAGUUGUUGUUGCCAGGAUACCAGAUGGAGUCGAAUAACUAAAUUAACUAAACUAAAGUUAAAGUUAAAAAAGAAAGAAAGAAAAGAAAAUCCGCACACACACACACACGCAUCACAAAUCCUGCACCGACAGACGUUUUAAACGCUCCGCGCAGGAUUCUCAAAGAAAUAACGAGUAAAGGAUAAUAAUGAUAAACACCUUCUUAGGCUAAGUUGCUCAAAGGAACGUAGAGAAUCGGAGGAGAAACCACAAAGAAUCGAAACGAAACAAAGGCCCCCAAAACGUGUAACGAAUUUCCAGCAAAUAGUUGCAAGUGUUUUCCUAGGAUUAGUUGCUAAAAAUGUGUGCAAAUCGGAGCGUAACUAAUAUUACCAUUAACCUAAACUAAACUAAAGUAAUUGAAGAACAAAAACCUAAACAUAAUGAUAAAUGAUAAUUGAUAAAUGAUCGGAUAACAACAUCUAAGCUGGGUAGUCGCAUGUAAAUCUCUAAACAAUUAACACUUAACGACCUAAGUUAGACCUAAAUCGAAACGAAACGAAAUCGAAUCGCAUUUAACGAAGGAACCUACAUAAUAAUAAUUAUUUAUACUAAUCUAUAUAUACCUAUAUGUAUGCUGUAUGUACUAUAUAUAUAUGUAUGAGCCCCCCUAUACGAUGUAUAUGUAAAAUGUUUUUGACUAUUUUUCACUAUUUAUAUCCAUAUAUAUUAUAUAUGCAUAUACGAGAUACGUGUGUAAUAGCCCCUUUUGGUCCACCUUAGUUCUCUUUUAUAUAUAUAUUUAAACCGUGUAUUUGUAUUCGUAUCCGUAUCCGUACUGUAUGUAUUAUUUUUAUUAAUUAUUCACACACCAAUUAUACACGCAUACUAUAUGUAUAACCUAUUGACAAAUAUAUAUGCAUAUAUACAUAAUAUGUGUAUUAGCUGUUGCUAAACCAAGUUAA